AUGCCGCCUCUCUUCCUCUGUGGGCCAUCAGGCACGGGGAAAACCGCCGUGAUCCGCGCGGCGCUUUCGCGGAUGCGCCGUCCCCACGUCUACCUCCCCCUCACCUCCGCCUGCGGCUCCCAGCAAUCCGUAUACCAAGCGGUUCUGACCCAGCUGGCCCAGCAGCAGCAGCAGCAGCAGCAAGAGGAGCAGCAAAGGGUGCAGCAAGGGGAUCAGCCUCGUGAACUCACACGCGUGUUGCCUGCAAAACCCGUUUCCAUCCCCACCACCAUCCCCAACCGAGCUGUAUUCUUGAGAGCGCUGCUGCGGGUGCUGUCCGGGGAUGGGGAAGAGGCGGAAGGGGAAGGUCGUAACGAUGAAAGCGAGGAAGAGGAAAGAGAUGAGAGGGAGGAGCGAGAGGGAGAAGAGGCUGAUCAGGAAGGAGUGGAGAGAAGGAAGAGACGUAAGGGCGCAGAUGGUGCAGUGUGUGUGGGAGGAGAAGGGAAGAAGACAAAAGAGGUUGUGAUUUCAUGGGAAGGGGAGGAGGAGAGGAGAAUCACUCGAGGGAUGCUUCGAAGCAGACUAUCUGCUUCCUCGUCUGUUACUGUCACUCCUAUGGCUGCUACUGCUGGGAUAGCGCACCAGGAAUCAGACCGUGACAAGGAUUGGCUCGGCAACGAGCUAAGUCCAAGAGGGCAUGAGGAGGCAGCACGAGAGUGUGCGUCGCAGCAUGAGGUCACAGCGCUGCGAAACAAGAGGGCAGCGCAGCAGCCGCCAGCGUCGCCCCGCCAUGCGAAACGGCCCACGGUGCACACGCAGGCAGAGGCGGAUGAUGCGACCCAAGAGCGGGAGAGGGGAAGAGCGAGUGGGCUGUGGUUCGUGAUGAACAGCGGUGGGCAGGCUGGGGUUUUGGGACCCGCGGAUGAGAUGGAGGAGGGGGAAGUGAGGAGCGAGGACGGGGAGGAGGAAGGAGGAGAGGAGGCGGGAUUCGAGAUGGAGGGAGAAGAGAGAGGAGCAGAGAUAGAGGGGCAGAAGGAUGGGGGUGAAGAGGUGGAGGACGCGGGGUACGAAGAGGAUGACGAUGUGAUCGAGGUGGGUCCUGUUGCGGUAGAGACUCGGGUAGUACAGCAGCAGCAGGACGAGCAGAUGGAGCAGCACAUGCUGCAGGACGUGCGGGUGCCAGAGAAAAUGCCCGGCAGUAGAGAAAAGCACAAGGGUGGAGGAGGGGAGAGGGGAGGCCCCACCCACCCGAGUACACGGCGCUCCUUGGCUGCUGCAUUCGCAGGUGCAGAGGGCACUGAAGUGGCAGUCGGAAGGAAGCAGGCUGCCUGUGAGAGGGGGGCAGCUUUUACGGGCCUGCAGUGCAGCCCUAUUUCUGUGGCUGAUAAGGAGCCUCAAGCCUGCUUGGUGAAGCCCUGUAUUGAUGCUACUACAGUGUACCUCGUUAUAGACAACCUGGAGCAGCUCAAAGCCUUCCCUGCUGGGGAAGGCCCGCAGCUGCUGGAAACUUUCCUCCGCCUGCCCGAACUGUUGGGGCAGUCCAACUUAGGACUAAUUCUACUGGGGGGGAGGGUGGGGAGGAGGUUGGGGAGGAGGGGGGGGGGAGGGGGAGGGGCAGCAGCGGCGGCAGCGGCUAUGGCAGUGGCGGCAUGUGAGCCGGUGACGGUGUUCUUCCCACCGUACAGUGACAAGGAACUGGAAACUGUUCUCAUGGGGAUGAGGCCGAAUCAGCCGCUCUUCCUCUCCUUCCUCAGGUACUUCAUUCAACCACAUCCCUUCUCGCACAUCUACUCUCACAAUCCUUCCACCUGGACCCUCCCCUUCUCUCCUUCUCUCCCUGCCCUGUCUGUUAACCUCCUGCAGGUGGUUCCGGUGUAUUCCCGGGCCUGUCGCUCCCUGCCACACCUCGCCUCGCUCGUGGACCACUCCUGGCCGCUCUACACCGCUCCCAUUGCCACAGGAUCUGUGUCCCCCGACCAUCCCAGCUGUGCGCGCCUGCUGUACAUGCGAGCACAGGAGCACAUAGGAGCCACACUCAAGCAGCCCGUUUCAACCCUCGUGCGCUCCUCAGUCAUGGAUACUCCUGCUGUUGCUGCUACUGCUGGAGCUCCAAUGGACGUUCCAGAUCUUCCCAUCAUGACUCGAUUCGCCCUUGUAGCAGCAUUCACCUGCUCCCGCAACCCAGCGCCAUCCGAUGUGACUCUCUUUAACUUCUCAGACUCCGCACAGCCUGGUGGACAUGGGUUUCGGUCCAGGAGGAAGAGGAAGGCAAGUGCAGGAGAUCUAGACAAGCAGGCUAGAGAGGCCAGGGAGGCUCAGCAGCACGGCCCCAUUCCCUUCCCGCUUUCUCGCUGGCUGCUCAUGGCUCACCACUUGGUGAAAGCUCAUUGGUCCUCUCCUCUCGCCUUGGUUUCUAGUGGUGGUGCUGCUGAGUCAGCUCCUGCUGUGGAUGACAGCUUGCUGACUCAGCUCGCGACUCUGAUUCACAGUGGGCUGGUGAGCCAGUCAGCGGAAGACAGGCUGGCAGGCACAACACGCUUCAAGUGCAGUGCCAGAAAGGAACUGGUGAAGCAGGUCUCCCGAGCCUUCUCCCCUCUCCCUCCUCACUGCCAUUCCGCCGCCACCCGUCCUCCCCGAGCCUCUUGGCCUGGGGACCGAGACUCAGGCUCGGCGUCUUCCAUUGCUGUCGCAGGUCCGGGUUCUGACUCCCUCUCGGCGUGGUUCCUCAGGCGAGGUCUGAGCACGGACCGGGAGGGGGGAGAGAGAGGCGACACAGGGCUCGGCGACAUGGCCGCGGGCAUGGGCUUGGGGCGGGAAGGCCCUUCCGCGCAGGCGCUCAUGCUGCCGGGUCCGCGGGACGACCUCCGCGCGGGCGCGGGCGCGGGGGAAGGCGCGGAGGCGGAAGGCGCGGAGGCGGCGCCAGCAGAGGACGACCAUUUACCAGAGGACGAUCAGGAGGCAGUGUUGGAUUCGGUGGUGAAGGUGUUCGCCGUGGGGAGCAGCCCCAACUACCGCCUGCCCUGGCAGAACAAACCGCAGCGCGAGGUCACCGGCUCAGGUGUGGGAUUAGAUUCGACUUCCAAGUUCCUUCCCUCAGUGUCCCUCGUUGAGUUAAUUCCAACUGGAUUCUCGGAACCCCUCCUGGCUGUCCUGCACACGCUCCUCUUCUUGCUGCUUCCUGUGUUCAGCCACGUCGGUCCCUCCGCCUGCACGCACCUCCGCACCCCCUCUCGCAGACUCACUGUCCCCCCCCCCCCCCCCCCUUUCUCCACUCCCUUUCCCUUCCCCUCACACAACGCCCCCUUCUCCCCAACUUUCCCGUGUCUGCAUUGGUGCGGGCGAGCAGGGUUCGUGAUUAUGGGCCGUCGGAUCCUCACCAGCGCGCACAUCGUGGCCGACCAGGCGUUUGUGCUCGUGAGGAAGCACGGCUCGCCCAAGAAGUACCUCGCUCAGGCGUUCGUGCUCGUGAGGAAGCACGGCUCGCCCAAGAAGCACCUCGCUCAGGUGCGUGGAGGGGGCGUGAGGGGAAUUGAGAAGGGUGGGUUGCGGUUGAGAGGUACCACCACCAGGACUUGGUGCGAGUUUGGGAGGGGGAGUGAGUUUGGGAGGGGGAGUGAGUUUGGGAGGGGGAGUGAGUUUGGGAGGGGGAGUGAGUUUGGGAGGGGGAGUGAGUUUGGGAGGGGGAGUGAGUUUGGGAGGGGGAGUGAGUUUGGGAGGGGGAGUGAGUUUGGGAGGGGGAGUGAGUUUGGGAGGGGGAGUGAGUUUGGGAGGGGGAGUGAGUUUGGGAGGGGGAGUGAGUUUGGGAGGGGGAGUGAGGAAAGUGCAAACAGUGGCUUUCGCACGAGACCUGGCGCAUCCCCCUCCUCUCCCUUUGAAAUCCCCCCUGCUUCCGCACUUUCCCCCCUCUCCCCCUCCCCCUCUUUCCCCCACCAGGUGCAAGCAGUGGCGCACGAGUGCGACCUGGCGCUGCUGACAGUGGGGGAGCCAGGCGCAGGGGGAGGGGGCAUGGGCGGAGGCAUGGGGGGAAGGGGAGGGCACCAUGAGCACGAGCAUGAUCACGACCACGGAUUUGGGGACGAUAAGGGCGGCGCAGGGGCAGGGGGACGCGGCGGAGGGGGUGCCAUGGGGGAUUUCGGGGGCGGGGGGAUGGGGAGAGGGGGCGGAGGCGGGCUGGGGAGCCGGAUGGGCGGGGGGAAGGGGAUGGGGGGGGACAUGGGGAUGGGGAUGGGGGGAAGGGGGGAGGUGGGGAGAGGGGGAGGAGCGGGGGGGAAUGAGGAGUUUUGGGCAGGGUUGAACCCGCUGCCUCUGGGGGAUGUGCCUCAGCUGCAGGAGUCAGUGGCCGUGGUGGGGUAUCCUCAAGGAGGCGACAACAUCAGCAUCAGCAUGGGGGUAGUGUCCCGGGUCGAGCCCACCAAGUACGCGCACAGCGGAGCGCACCUGCUGGCCAUCCAGAUCGACGCGGCUAUCAACCCUGGCAACAGUGGUGGGCCCGCCCUCGUCAUGACCCACGUGCCCGUCAUGGCAGCAGACAGCAGUAGCAGCAGUGCUGCUGCUAAUGCUGGUGGCGCGUACACUAGCAGCAGCAGCCGUAGUGGUGGUAGAGAGACAAGCAGAAGCGGGGGCAGCGGGGGUGGCAGUGGCAGCGGCAGGGAUCUGAUGCCUUCACAGCUGCUGGGCGAGUCUGGUGGGAGGGCAGGGGGGAUGGAGCGGCGAUCAGUGUUGGAGGAGGAGAGCGAUUCACCCGGCAUAAAGGGUCUGGGCUGGGGGGACGAGGGCGGGGAUGGGAUGCUGGGGCUAGGGGGCGAAGAUGGGCGGGAGGAGCGGGAGGGGGAGGAGGGGGAGGAGGACUUGGGGGUGGGAGGAGGGUGGGCGGAGAUAGAGGCGGAGCGGGCAGCAGAGGAGGCGGCAGCGCGGGCUGCGCCGGUGGCGAUGAGGGUGGAGUACCGUGUUGUGGGGGUGGCGUUUCAGAACCUCACUGGCGCGGAGAACAUCGGCUACAUAGUACCCACGCCCAUCAUCCACCGUUUCCUGCACGAUGCAGCGCUGCACCACCGCCGCUUCCACGGCUUCUCCUCGCUGGGCGUGGCGUGCCAGCCGCUUGACAACUGGCAGCUGCGCGCCCACCUGCGCCUGCCCCCCUCCGCCACGGGUGUGCUCGUGAACGCGGUGCAGCCGCUGAGUGAGAGCAGCCGGUGGAUCAAGAAGGAUGACGUGCUCACUGCGUUCGACUGCGUCCCAAUAGCGGAUGAUGGGUCAGUGCUGUUCCGCAAGAGGGAGCGCCUACCGUUUGACUACCUGGUGUCGCUCAAGGGCAGUGGGGAGAGGGCGAUGGUGUCCGUGUACCGGGAAGGGCAGCUCAUGCACUUCGAUUUGACUGUCAAUCCGCUCCCCCCGUUGGUGCCAGCGCAGCAGUUUGACAGCGCGCCAAGCUACUUCAUAUUCGCAGGGCUGGUCUUCAUGCCGCUCUCCCAGCCCUACCUGCAUGAGUACGGGCCCGACUGGCUCCACUCCUCCCCCCGCCGCCUCUGCGACCUCGCACUCCGUAACCUGCCCGAGAAACUCGGGCAGCAGAUCAUCAUCCUCUCUCGGGUGUUGCCAGACGAGGUCAACAGUGGGUACGAGAGACUAGCAGACCUGCAGGUGCUCAAGGUGAAUGGGAUGGAGGUGGACAAUAUUCGCCAGCUCAAAGACGCCGUGUUCGAGACAUCUGGGCCGUUCGUUCGGUUCGAUCUGGAAGACGGGCGGAUCAUAGCCAUUGACAUGGCAGCUGCCAGGAAGGUGAGCGGUUUGGGUCGGAUUUCACUGGGUUUGAUAGAUGCGAGCCUCAGGCUUGUCAGCCCAGUGAGGCAACUUUGA